AAUGCAUGCAAUGGCUACAGAACGAACGACAAACGAAGAAGCAUUCGAAAGUGAGGAAUUGAACGAAAUAGCGGCUAGAUUCGAAGCGUUAGGCGUAGUUAUGGAAGCAGAUCGUUACGUUGAUAAAUCACCGGCAGAAGGUUUAGGUAUAUUAACGAGAAGCGGAUCGGCUUUAGAAGGUAUGAGGCCUGGUUCAACACCGUCUUUGGUUAGGAUAUUAGCUCAAAAAACUCCUGUAAAAAUAUACGUUGCCAAGUACUCCUAUGAUCCGGUGCAAUUCUCUCCAAAUGAGAAUCCAGAAAGUGAACUGAGUUUACAAGCCGGUGAAUACGUUUUUGUGCAUGGUCAUAUGGAUGAGGACGGUUUCUAUAAGGGCGAACUUAUGGACGGUCGAAUCGGUUUAGUUCCAUCAAAUUUUGUUGAGUUGGUACCGGAAGAGGAUUUAGAUGAAUUUUACACAGCGUUACAAAUUACUACGCAAGAGCAGAGUAGUCAUAAUUCGAGCCAGGUUGAAGAAGAAGAAGAACCGGAAGUGGUAUUAUAUGGACCCACCGCCGGCGUAGGUGAUCUCGAAGAAUGGGAUAAUUCUAUGGACGAUCCGCUAACGUAUGAGAAGCCUGAGGAUGAAGCAGCUUCUAAACGCUAUAGGGUUCCGUAUCCUGUCGACUUACGACUGCAAAGGCGACUAGCCUCGUCAGCCGUUAUCGCAUGGGAACCUGGUGAUUGUAAGGAUACGAUAUCGUUUGACGUCUAUUUGGAUAAGAAAUUAGUAAUGUCUGUUAGGCCUACCGAAAGGACUAAAGCUUUGCUCGAGUGCGUUGAUAUGAACAUACCGCAUAGGGUCAGCGUUAGAAACCAAACGAAACUUGGUUCGUCUAAAGAAGACGAAUGUACAAUAAUGAUAGGAGAUGGUGCAAGUCUUGCACCCACUGAACUUCGUAUGAUGGGCGUUACCUCAACCUCUGCUACAAUUCGAUGGACGCCUUCAUCCUCAAACUGUGAGCACUUAGUUAUAUUGAAUGACGAUGAGAUUUCCGGUCAAAAAUGCAAACCAGGAGUUUAUAGGGCUGCCUUAUUAAAUUUAGUACCUGGAGCGUUACACAAGGUUACUGUUCGAGUAGUUUUACCGGAUAAUUUGAUGGAGAGUGGAGAAAUCGAUUUAAGCGCUAUCGAAUCGUCCGGACGCUUUCGAACUCGGUCAAGACCUCUUAUCGAACCGCCGCUAUCGGUUCAAUGUGAAAUUGGACCUCAAAAGGGUAGUGUUCUCGUUAUGUGGCUUCCGGUUUGUCUCUCCGUGCACGGUUCAUCGAACGGGAAACCAGUUCACGGUUAUUCCUUAUAUAUCGAUUCGGUGCACGUCAAGAACGUGAUGGGAGCGUCUAGCGAUCACUGCCUAUUGACGACGGCAGAUGUCGCCAAAAUUGAUAAUCCCCGGGCCUUGACCGUAAGAACUUUAAGCGUUGAUAGCAGCGAAUCUGUCGACUCAUUGGCGGUAUAUUUUGGUGCUGAUGUUCUUCAAGAAUUGCUACAGCAACAGCAAUUUUUAUCUGGAAGCUCUGGUGCUAAGGUAACGGACAAGAGACGCUCCGCUACCGAACAGGUUGGUCUCUCUUUACUAUACUUGAAAUAG